ACAAAGAGGAUUGAAGAGGAGAACUAGAUUAUUACUGCCCAGGACAAAAAAAAAAAGGCAUAAGUAGAGGAAAGGGUUUGGUAGAGCUGUUAACUUGGAGAGAUGGGAGAGGAGGAUAAUUGUGGUGAGGUAUGUUUUUAUAUAGAUUAGAGUUGAUGUGAGUGUUAGAAAAGCUGGGAAGGUUUAGGAACUGUAUUCAGAGAGCAGUUUUGUGAGCAGAACAGCAUCUCAGUGCGCGGGGCAAAAGGCUGGGAAGAGCAACAGCUGCUGUUCUGGUGCCUCUCCAGGUGGGAGCAGUGGAACGGAGCAAGAGCUUUGCCAGGCUGAGGAGGAAACAAGUAAAUACGAAUUUAAUGUACAUUAAAGACAACAGGUUAGAUUAUGUGUAUUCCUUUAGAAACAUUGACAUAGCAAUCUCUUUAUUUCUGUCUAGAUUCAAAGUCCUGCUUUGACACCUCAAAACUGGCUUCCAGGAAUACUGCUGGACAUUCAAGCCAUCAUUAGCUUCCCCUAUUGAAGCUCUAGUGAAGCUGAUGGAUUAUGAAGUUAUUUUAAAAGCUCUGAUGCAAGCACUGGGCCAGCUGAGCCUGAGAAAAGUAAAAAGAGGUCUCUAACACCUGAAUCUCUAAGUCUGUCCAGAGGACCUGUUCUAUUCAAACACCUUCCCCAAAACUCUGCUGUGAAAGAAUGACAGUUUUGCAAAGGGAUUCACUGUGAGGAGCUCCAAAUGAAGAAGAGAGAUGAAGGGGACUGCAUGGAGCUCUGCCCCCAUCCGUGUGUUGAGAUGGAAAGCAGGUGUGAAAGUAAAGAGCUGGAUGUUGAAAUAAGGAACCUGAUAGGGAAGAGCAACACUUACAAGUCGUGUGAGGACCCCAGACCUCUUGCCCAAGAGAGGCUGAGCCCUCAGAGAACUUCGUGUUCCCUUAAGACCCACAGUGAAGGAAACGCUCCAGGCCGGCUUGGAUGCACCUGGGCAGGUGGGAGUGACAUGGAAGCUCCAGCAGAACCAUUGGGCUCAAGGCACACAUUACUGAGAAAAAAGAAGCCUUUAUCAUCCAAUUCUCUGGAGCAACAGAUCCUCACACUGGAAAGACAGAGACGAGAGCUUCUGGAGGUGAACAAGCAAUGGGAUCAUCAAUUUAGAAGUAUGAAACAGCUUUAUGAAAAGCAGCUGACAGAGAUGAAGGCAAAGCUGGACAUGUCGGAGAGGAGAGUGAGCGAGCUGGAGCAGGAGAGACACCGGCAGCAUCCAGAGGAGGAGAGGUGGCAAGCGCUGGGCAGAGAGAGGCUGCUGCAGGAAAAGAAAGAUACACAGGUCCUUAGUGAAGCUCUCCAUGAAAUGAAGGAAGAGAACAGGCUCCUGAAGCAGAAGAAUGCCUCAAUGACCAGAAAGAAAGAAUACUAUGAGAGUGAAAUAAGUCGUCUCAACAAGGCCCUUCUGGAUGCAUUGAAAAAGCAGCACCCACCUGUGGUUGGGACUCCUCCAGGGAAGGGUGACAGGAGCAGCAUUGAGGAGAUGAGAACCCAACUUGGAGUUCUUAAACAGCAGGUCCAAAUAUAUGAGGAGGACUUCAGAAAGGAGAGAUCUGACCGGGAGAGGCUUAAUGAGGAGAAAGAAGCAUUGCAGAAAACUAAUGAGAGAUUACAAUCUCAACUGAGUAGACUCAGCUCUCAGACGAAAGAGCUCCCAGUACAGCCUGAGAGGCCCAGUUACCCAGCUCCACUCUUCCUCUCUCCGUGUGUCAGUUAUGGGGGUUGUGGGAUGGUGCUUCACUAUCCAGAUCCUCGGGUGCAUCCGGUGCCUCGCAGGGCACAGGAGCAGCAGCAGCAGCGCUCGGCAGACUAUCAGUGGUAUGUUCCUGACCAGCUUCCGCCAGAUGUGCAGCACAAGGCAAAUGAUUCCUCCCCGGAGAAGGGAGCCCAUUGCUGACAGCCUCUGGCCUGGAGAAGUGUAAAGCAAAGGCUGCAAGGGAGUCUUGCAGCUUCACUAUUCUGUUUUCUUCUGGGGUUUUUUUGCCCCUAGCUCCUUAUCUCUGCAGUGCAUGUGAUUUUUGUCUGGUGAAAUCCCUGCGAGGACAAUAGAAAAGCAGAUCAUACAGGCUGGUGAUCCUCAGGAUCCAGUUAAACUCUGCUGGGAAGCGUUACUGCCCUUUGUUCCGAAGAUGCUGUUUGUGCUGCCUUAUGAGAAUCUCUUUAAAAGCCUGAUGAGAAAAGAUGCAGCUCUUGCUGGGGAUUCAGACUGUCACAUCUGGUUUGAAUUCAAGAGCUUACAAGCCCAACAGUGGUGUGAUUUUGUUGUUGUUGUUGUUGUUUGGGAAUUAUGGGGGUUUUUAUUUGAUUCCAGGGAAUGAUUCGAUAUAUCACCUUGAAUUCUGUCCUCUCUUUCUUGGUUGGUGAAAGGGAAAUCUGCUUCACUGUUUAAACACAUUUGUGUAAUUGUAAUCAGGGUACCACCAAUACAAGGCCAGGUAAAAGGUGCCCACUUCCCCUUUUUGAGUCCAGGUCAGAUCUCCUUUUGUUUCGGCUCUAGAAUUAUAUGUAAAACAAAAUCACAAGGGGUUUUUUUCUGUGUGUACUUAUUUGUAUUGAAAGAAUUUUAGUAGAAAUAUUUAAUGGGUUUAACUUCUCAGUGAAUAUGGCUUUAUAUUUCCAAAUUAUUCUUGUGAUGAAUGUGAACGUUGUCAUGUAACCUCUAACCCAAGAAAUAAAACCUGGCUUUUUAAGUGAAAUUGUA